AAACGAACGAACAGCGUCGUCGAUCAAUGUUGGUUCGCGGGUGUGCCCGUUGCCCAGCCCCGUGUGUUCCCUUUUUCCCUUUUGGUCCCCAUGAGAAAUCCGAUUUCUAACUAAUCGCCCGAUCGAUACAGUUUCUUUAAAGGACUAUACGAAAAAUAUUGAAAGUGUCGUAGAAAUGUGAUCGAAUAUAAAACUGUGAUAAAAUUCGUAAUUUCACUUUCGCCGUGUUAUGAUUUCGAAGGACAACUUUGGUGAGAUCAUCGUAGCACCAUCACCUGUUCCGACGAUCGUACGCGAUCCGGAAAGCAACUUUGUUAUUAUACAUCAAUCUUAAGAAAAUACCGGCCGAUCAUGAAGUUCAUCGUGUGUGUCAUCUCGACACUGAUUCUGCAGGCAUCGGCUAUAAUUCAAUCUCCACCACGGAUAUCCAAACAACCCCCGACAGAUGAGCAGUUAUUUCAAGUGGCUCAGGCAAAGAUUAAUGAGAAUGACAAACCAUUUUUAAUUGAAUGUGAAGCAGAAGGAGAACCUGCUCCGAGGUACCGAUGGAUUAAAAAUGGAAAAAACUUUGAAUGGCCAGCGUACGAUGACCGUAUAUCUCAGCAACCUGGUAGAGGUACACUGGUCAUCUCGAGACCGCGCGACGAAGAUUUGGGACAGUACCAAUGCUUUGCAGAAAAUGAAUGGGGGACAGCAACAUCUAACUCCGUUUUCGUUCGAAAAGCCGAAUUGAAUUCGUUCAAAGAUCAGAAUCCUAUAAGCCUCGAUGCGAACGAAGGGCAGCCAUUCAAAUUAACGUGUCAACCACCGGACGGUUGGCCGAAACCGAACGUGUAUUGGUUGAUACAAGACAUCGCCGGGAGUAUCAAGUCGAUCAAUAACUCGAGAAUGACUUUGGAUCCCGAAGGAAAUCUUUGGUUCAGUAACGUCACUAGAAACGACGCCUCCGAUGAUUUUUAUUACGCCUGCGCAGCUACGUCCGUAUUCAGAAACGAAUACAAACUAGGGAAUAGAGUUUUAUUAAAUGUUAUUUCAACGGGAACGUCUGCUAGUCAAAAUAAACACGAACCCGUCAAACAAUACGUCAGUAGAAAGAACGAAGUUGCCUUACGCGGUAAAAAGAUUGAAUUAUAUUGCAUAUUCGGUGGGACGCCUUUACCGCAGAUAUUAUGGAGUAAAAAUGGGAAAAUCAUUCGGACAAACGAUCGAAUAACUCAAGGAAAUUAUGGUAAAUCGUUGAUAAUAAAGCAUGUGAAUUUCAAGGACGAGGGAACGUAUAGUUGCGAAGCAUCGAACGGAGUAGGAGAUGCGCAAUCGUAUUCUAUAAACUUACAAGUAAUGGCGGUACCAUAUUUCACUAUCGAACCUGAGAUCAUAAACGCCGCGGAAGACGAGACUGUUGCAUUCAAAUGCGCAGCCGACGGAGUGCCUACUCCUGAAAUCAAAUGGAUUCAUAAUGGCAAACCAAUAUCGGAAGCUCCGCCAAAUCCGCGUAGAAAAGUUACAUCGAAUUCCAUCAUUAUAGAGAAACUAACUAAGAAAGACACAGGGAAUUACGGAUGCAAUGCAACUAAUUCGUUGGGCUACGUAUACAAGGAUGUGUACGUAAAUGUUUUAGCUCUUGAACCUGAAAUUAUACAGCCACCAGCUGAUAUCGCCACUGUUGACGGGAAAACAGUGAGAAUUAUCUGUCGCGUGUUUGGGGCACCGAAACCAACUGUGAAAUGGAUCCGGAAAGGUCAAGAACUGACCGGAGGCCGAUACAAGACUUUGGACUCCGGUGACUUAGAAAUCGAAAAUGUAAUAUUCUUAGAUGCGGGUGUCUAUACCUGCCAUGCGUCUAAUAAAUUUGGAGAAGUAGAAGCUACUGGUAAUUUAAUGGUAAAAGAACAUACGAGAAUCACGGACGAACCUGAGGAUUACGAAGUUGCCGCAGGUUCUACUGCAACCUUUAGGUGUAAUGCCGUCACAGAUUCAAGUUUAACUUUAACGAUCGACUGGUUGUCCAACGGCGAGCCUAUAGAUUUUGAGAUGGAACCACGAUUUGUACGAAGCACUGAUUAUUCGUUAAUGAUCACAAAAACGACUGAAUUAGAUUCCGGUAUCUACACUUGCGUUGCUCAUACCGAGUUGGACGAGACGAAAGCACAAGCAACGUUGAUAGUUCAGGACGUACCGAAUCCGCCAAAAUUAAUUAGCGUAAAAUGUAUGGAAAACGAUGCUUCCGUGCAUUGGACUCCUAUGGGUGAUAACAGAGCUCCGAUCUUGAGAUACACCAUUCAGCAUAACACUACUUUCACACCGGAUACUUGGGAAAUAGCUAAAGAUUCCGUACCAGCCACUGAACAAACUUAUGUUGUUCCAAUGUCGCCUUGGGCUAACUAUACGUUCCGUGUAUUAGCGUGGAACAAAAUAGGACCUUCGUUACCAUCGCCGCACAGCGAUGUGUGCACCACUUUACCGGACGUUCCUUACAGGAAUCCGGAUAACGUUGCGGGUAAAGGAACAACUCCGCAAAAUCUUGUUAUAUCCUGGACCGUGAUGCCGCAAAUUGAGCACAACGCGCCGAAGUUCAUGUACAGAGUAUAUUACAGACGAGACAUACCAGGAGAGAAAUGGACUAUAGAGGAUAUACACGAUUGGAAAAAGAAUAGCCUGGUAGUGGACAAUCAACCCACUUAUCAGAGAUACAAGAUCAAAGUUGUGGCUAUCAAUGCGAAAGGAGAAUGUAGAGUCGCUCCUGAAGAAGUAACUGGAUACUCUGGAGAGGAUGUACCCUUGCAAGCACCCACUAACUUCACAUUGAAUCAAAUAAAGUCCAGCACAAGCGCGCAGUUCUCGUGGAACCCGGUUCCCGAGGAAUCGGUACGGGGUGAAUUACAGGGAUAUAAAAUUCAAACGUGGACAGAAAAGGAUGGAGAAAAAGGAUUACGGGAAAUCGAUAUAAGAGGUGGUAACAGGUCCCAUGCGUUAGUUACCAAAUUUGUUCCAUUCAGCAAGAACUAUGUCAGAAUCCUAGCAUAUAAUGGCCGGUACGCUGGACCACCUUCUGAAACUUUAAGUUUUGAUACACCAGAAGGAGUUCCAGGAACAGUUCUCAAUCUUGAGGCGUUCCCGAUGGGCUCCAGCGCUUUGUUCUUAGCAUGGACGAAACCUGCCGAACCGAAUGGUAUUUUAAAUGGAUACAGAAUUUACUAUGAACCUGUAAAUGGAACUAGAUUAGGACCUUUAUUGGAGAGGAAACCACAUAUUAUGGACUCAGAAGCCACAAGCGCAAAAUUAGCUGCGCUAGCACCUGACACUAAAUAUCGUGUACACAUCCGGGCAACGACAAAAGUUGGCGAAGGAAAUGAUUACUUCAUCGAACAGAAGACGCGCACGUCCCAACGGCCGGACGUGCCUCAAUUCACUUGGGAAGCCAUACCAGACGAGAACGGAUUUUCGAUCGUCAGAAUUAUUUGGCAGCUAAAUCUCAAUGGAAACCCUGGCAGCCACUUUUUCGUUAAGUACAAACUUAAAGGCGAAACGAUCUCUCUGGAGACUGACCCAGAAUACCAAUCGAACACGAUCGAAAUUCGUGGACUUAAAAGCGGCGAGGUUUACGUAAUGUCUGUAGUUGCCGUCGAUGGAAAUUAUUUCACGGAAAGCGAACCGCAGGAAGUAGAGACAAGCAGCGAGGGACCUAUCAUUCAGCCUAAAGAAAAUGUCGCGACUGCUGGAUGGUUCAUAGGAAUGAUGCUAGCGAUCGCUUUCCUUCUUUUCGUACUUAUAAUCGUGUGCAUUGUAAAACGCAACAGAGGCGGAAAGUACGCGGUACACGAAAGGGAAUUAGCUGCUGGACGCGGUGACUACCCGGACGAAGGUGGUUUUCACGAGUAUUCCCAACCUUUAGAUACUAAAUCAGCGGGUGGUCGAGCGUCUUUAGCAUCGUCGUCCCAUCAAGAUGGAAAGCAUCCAGAGUCUGAUACCGAUUCUAUGGCAGAAUACGGCGAGGGUGAUACAGAAGGUAUGAACGAGGAUGGAUCAUUCAUUGGUCAGUAUGGUCGACAUCGUAAGCCAGAACCAAACUCGCAAGCAUUUGCUACGUUAGUUUAAGGACGUUUCACGGAAGACGGUUCUUUUAUUGGACAAUAUGGGCCCAAGGGUAGACCAGAAGAAACACCGCCCAUUCCAAGCGGCACUAUGGCCACAUACGUGUAACCUCUGCCAUUAUCUUAUUCGAGCCGCAUAAAAAUUGUUUUUUCUCUUAUAAGUAAGGUUACAGGUCCUUACUAACCGCAGCAGCUCUGCUAUGCACCUUGCGCUGGGCGCAAUGUCCAACACUAUACUGCCAAUUAGACUUUGGUUUUGGGUUUUAUAGUUUACAUAGAGAGAUAAGUAAAUGUUUCUAUAUUGAGCCAGUUAGGGAUAUACAAGUGAAGCACAACAAUUUGUAUAUUCGUAUCGUUUAGAGUGAUUCGUCUUUUAAGUGUUUCGUACACAUCAUUUUAGAUGCGUUACUCGAUUAUUCCAAUAAUUUUUAGUAUAUUCGAAGUUGACCUGCGAUAAUUAUUUCAUCUACUUAUUGCGUGUAUCGAUGGAUACAUAUUUGUUAAUUAAUCAAAAAAUUAUUUAUUAACCGAUACAUUUGUUGAAGUAUCUUGUACUAAUUAUAAAACCCAAAGACGAUAGGUGUUUCAUAGCGUGCAAGCUAUUUACGAACAUAAAUAAAAGUAGAAAGUAUUCUAGCAUCGACAGUAAAACAUUUGACAAAGCCAGAUUGAUUGAUUGACACGAUAAUAAUCACAGGGUAUACGAGUUAUGUUUAUAUUGUUCUAAGUAUGUACGGCACAAAAUCAUGAUGUACUUUUAAGGCUGCAUAUAGGAUCACAUCCACUUAAUCAAAUAACAUUGAUGAUUCGUAUUGCCCAAAAUUAGUUUAUACACCUUCUAACAGACUGAUGUUGCUUAUAUGCAAUCUUGAAAACGGAAGGACUGAUAUUGAGAAUAGUGUCACAAUCUGGCUUCGACUGAAUCUAAUUUUAACUUAAAAAAAAAAAAAAAAAAACGAGAAAUUGUUCUAAAAAUCUUUAGAUGCAAUCAAUUUUUACUCUGCCGACAAAGGGCCAAAUAUAACGAAUCGGUGACUAUCUCUUAUUCAUUCAGCGAGAGAACAUGCCUGUUUCACGCAGCUCAGGAAAGCCCUUAACUUCUUAAUUCUAACAUCAAAGGUACAUACACAGUGAAGAAAAAUAUAGAGUAUGCUGGGUACAAUGGGUAUGGCCGCUCAUUGAAUGAAUAAUACAAUUUAUUGUGCACUUGCACUUUCAUUAACGAUACGCAAAUGACAAAAGAUAUUAUUAUUAUUAUUACUCUAAUAUUGAAAGGAACAUUGUACAUGCACUAUAGUAGUUAAAAAAAAAAGUCACAUGGCCUCUAAUUGUUGCUUUUUGUAUGUGAAACGUGCUUUAGCUAAAGAAAAUGAAAGUCCUUUUAUUUUUAUUAAUGUUCACUUUCCUUUUGGUAAUUUUAUUACAAUAUAAUGAGUCUAGAGUAUUGAUUAUUUAAUAUAUAAUAUAUUAAAUAUAUAGAGACAUAUAUUGAUUAUUAAUUAGAGUCUUGAAAGAAUGCGAUCACACAAGGACAGCUAUUAUUGCGUUUUAGUGUAUAAAAAUGUUAUUAAGAAAUGGGUAGAGAUUCGUUGAUUUCUGCAAGAAUAAAUGUACGUUUUUUAUUUACUAUAUAUUUAAGUUUAGUAUAUUCAAUGCAAUGUACAGGUUGUCUGCAAAAGUGUCGUGAACAAAUAUAUCAGGUACAAAAAUAAAAAAAAAAAAAAAAGGUACAAAAUAUAGGAAUACUUAA